UCCAGUAUCUUAAAUUACAGAUGAAUUAAUGUUCCUCAGAAUUGUUUGCUUUCCAGUAUUUACUUUAUUCAUUCAAAAAUAAAAGCUAACAUUUAUUUGGUUUUGCUCAUCGUGCCGUCCAGAGUUCAGGCAGAUUCAUGACGAACAGCAGAAGAAGAACAUCGAUGAGGUUACCCAUAUAAACGUAUGACAUUAAAAACAUCCUGACAACAUCUGGACGGCAACCAGUCCUGAACCUGUUCCCCUGACGACCGUCUGCUCCACGGUUCUUCCUAAUCCAUCACCAUCAGUCCGUCCUUCAGUCUCCACAUCAACAACACGUCACCACAGUUUCCAGACGCUGACCCUCUUCUGCUGUCAACACGGGCCUCAUUCACACCUCAAACACCUCCGCUGAUUACUAAAACCCUCAUCGGCUCCAAACUCGGAUCAACACAGAGUCAUCGGGAUGUUAUUUAGCUUAGUUGUGUUGGAGGAAAUGAAAAACUGCCAAUAAAGACCUCAUAUGUGCGGGAAAGUAAAGCAAGACUGUCGAUAUCCUCACAUGUCGAUCACAAGGUGAAGUACAUUUAUACUGGACUACUUCAUGUAUUCAGGAGGUACUUUUUACAUUUGGAUAUGCUACUUUUCUGUCAAAACACAGAAUUAUUUUGUCUUUCUGAGCAUUUUACUGCAGAUCCAUUAGCUCGGAUCCACCUUUGUGCAUUCUGGAAACCCUGCUGGUUUUAUUUUUGCUGCUGCUCCUCCUUUUCCCCCAUUGUUUAGUCUUUUUAAACUAGCAGCAAACAGUAAAUGACAUUGUUGGACGGUUUGGGAGAACAUUUUUGUAGAGCAGGAGGUUCUGUUAUCUUUAUUUAAUGUUUAUUUAAUUAGCAUUUCUUUAUCUUUAAUGUGUAAAAAGGUGAGGACAUUUCUUUAUCCUCAUUUAUUUUUAUUUAUGUGCAAAUUUAUGUUUGUUGUGUAAAAAACGUCACCACCGUGCUUCACAUCAUGAUGCUGCCUCCACCGUGCUUCACUUCAAGACGCUGCCUCCACCGUGCUUCACAUCAUGAUGCUGCCUCCACCGUGCUUCACACCAUGACACUGCUACCACCGUGCUUCACAUCAUGAUGCUGCCACCACCGUGCUUCACAUCAUGACGCUGCUACCACCGUGCUUCACAUCAUGACACUGCCUCCACCGUGCUUCACAUCAUGGCGCUGCCUCCACCGUGCUUCACAUCAUGACGCUGCCACCACCGUGCUUCACAUCAUGACGCUGCCUCCACCGUGCUUCACAUCAUGACGCUGCCUCCACCGUGCUUCACAUCAUGACACUGCCACCACCGUGCUUCACAUCAUGACGCUGCCUCCACCGUGCUUCACAUCAUGACGCUGCCUCCACCGUGCUUCACAUCAUGACGCUGCCACCACCGUGCUUCACAUCAUGACGCUGCCACCACCGUGCUUCACAUCAUGACGCUGCCUCCACCGUGCUUCACAUCAUGACGCUGCCUCCACCGUGCUUCACAUCAUGACGCUGCCACCACCGUGCUUCACAUCAUGACGCUGCCACCACCGUGCUUCACAUCAUGACGCUGCCUCCACCGUGCUUCACAUCAUGACGCUGCCACCACCGUGCUUCACACCAUGACACUGCUACCACCGUGCUUCACAUCAUGACACUGCCUCCACCGUGCUUCACAUCAUGGCGCUGCCUCCACCGUGCUUCACAUCAUGACGCUGCCACCACCGUGCUUCACAUCAUGACGCUGCCUCCACCGUGCUUCACAUCAUGACGCUGCCUCCACCGUGCUUCACAUCAUGACACUGCCACCACCGUGCUUCACAUCAUGACGCUGCCUCCACCGUGCUUCACAUCAUGACGCUGCCUCCACCGUGCUUCACAUCAUGACGCUGCCACCACCGUGCUUCACAUCAUGACGCUGCCACCACCGUGCUUCACAUCAUGACGCUGCCUCCACCGUGCUUCACAUCAUGACGCUGCCUCCACCGUGCUUCACAUCAUGACGCUGCCACCACCGUGCUUCACAUCAUGACGCUGCCACCACCGUGCUUCACAUCAUGACGCUGCCUCCACCGUGCUUCACAUCAUGACGCUGCCUCCACCGUGCUUCACAUCAUGACGCUGCCUCCACCGUGCUUCACAUCAUGACGCUGCCUCCACUGUGCUUCACAUGGCGUCCUGCUUUUAGCACUUUUACCUAUGUUCCAUAUUCCCUAAAAUUCUUAAUGACCUGGAUUUAACUGUAUUUUCUCGUAUCAUCCCCUGACUGAUGUUUCUCAACAACCUUUUUUGGAGUUUCUUAGAGAGUUGGUGUAUCGUCUUGGUGUUGUUGAAAAAACUUCAUCUGUUUACUUAAGUCAAAAUGUGCUUCUGCCAUUUCCAAGUAUUUUCAUGAGGGGCUUCACAGCAGAAAAUUUGCAGCGGUGACUUUUUACAGUAAUCUGUAAUGAGGAGUAACAAUGAAAACACCCUGAACUGUGCCAUAAACGGCUGCGGUUUGAUAAAUUAUCACACAUGGACAGAAUUUUCAGCGCUGAAUCACAAAUAAACUGUGGAUGUUUUGUCCGUGAGAGAACUUUUUCCACAUCUCUCCUCAACCAAAACACUAACUGUAUUAGUCUGUGCACACGAAGUAAUGAGUAACACUAACUGUACUGUGAGAUUUCCUAACUCUCAUGUUUACUUUGCAGCAAGUUUUGUGUGCUGCUACAACAACAACAGAUUGAUAGAAUUCUUGACAUUCAGUUCUGGUUUUUGGUUUGUUGUCUGCGAAACAUUUCUGGAGGGGCUCCUGCAGUGUGCACAAACCCCAGCCCAACAACAUUUUAGCAAGAGAAGCCGAGUGACAUUCAACUUACGAAUGCACAAAGUUUCAGACUUGGACUGGGCUGUUUUUGACUGUUAUUUCAGUUUUUUUUUUUUAAAGAACAAAAUUAGUGGUGCAUGGUGGUGGCAGCAUUAUGAUUAUAAAGCAUGGUGGUGGCAGCAUCAUGAUGUAAAGCAUGGUGGUGGCAGCUUAUUUUUUUUAAUAAAAAAGUUAAAAAGCCACAUUAUAUCAUGCACUGUUUUUUAUUGUUUUGUUUUUUUAAGAAAAACAUUUUUCCCCAUUUUUAAAGUCUGACAUAACUAUAUUUCUUUGCUUUUCUUUUUUGGUUUGUUGUCUGUGAAACAUUUCUGGAGGCUCCUGCUGUGUGCACAAACCUCAGCCCGACUACAUUUUACAAACUCAGAAAAGAAAUCCAUGUGUGGAUGUUACAAAAGCAGAGAGUCCAGUCCACCUUAAAAAACGCAGCUCCGCAGACUGUACAGACACAUUUCCUGAAAACGCCCCGUAUGAGAGAGAAAAAAGAAAACUCUGAAUAAUAAUCAUAAGGCGGCGUUGUUUAUCCAAAGAAAGGGGGGCUGGACAUCGACUCAAAACUGGGCCAAAACUUUUCUUUACUUCCACCUCCUUCCUCCCUCCGACGAACUCAACUCUCCGGCGGCGCACCGUGAUCUUCGCCCUUUACUGGAGCAGGUCAGCAGCGGUGACCGCCCAAAGGAGCUGUCAGUGCGGGCCCCAGACCUCCACAGGACCCAAACCUGGCUUCCCCUGACAUGACUUUGGGACUAUAACGCGCCGAAGACUCGCCGGCUGCCCGUGUGGAUGGAUGGAGGAAAGUUACGGAGCCUAAGCAGCAGUUUGUGACGGUUUUUUUUUUAAAGCGAGCGACACCAUGUUGGGGAACUCUGGGAUUUACGCGAACAAGAAGAGGAAGAAGCCCGUCCUUAAGCAGAAGAAGGUCUCUGACGGCAAUGAAGUGGUUAAAUCCAACCCGUCGAAGCGCCACCGGGAUCGGCUGAACGGGGAGCUGGACCGGCUCAUGGACCUGCUGCCGUUCGACGAGGACGUUCGCUCCCGGCUGGACAAACUGUCGGUGCUUCGCCUCAGCGUCGGAUACCUGAGGGUCAAGAGCUUCUUCAAAGCCACCGUGAAAAACAAUCAGAGCAGUUUGAGUUUUUCUGGUCAGAACGGGAACAACGUGGACAACGGGACGUUUUCUGAAGGAGAUCUGCUGCUGCAGGCUCUGAACGGCUUCGUGAUGGUGGUGACGGCCGAGGGUUUAGUGUUUUAUUCUUCUCCUACAAUCAAAGAUUACCUGGGCUUCCACCAGUCGGACGUGGUUCAUCAGAGUGUUUUUGAAUUAAUCCACACUGACGACCGGUCCAUGUUCAGGGAGCAGCUGCACUUCGCCUUAAACCCGUCACAGGCUGCAGACGGAGACGGUGUCCAGGUGUGUGCAAAGCCGGUGAGCUACAGUCCAGAACAGCUUCCUCCAGAGAACUCCUCCUUCCUGGAGAGGAGCUUCGUCUGUCGCUUCCGCUGCCUGCUGGACAACUCCUCCGGCUUCCUGGCGCUGAAGUUCCAGGGCCGCCUCAAGUACCUCCACGGCCAGAACCUCCUGAGGGACAACGGGACCCGCAGCCGGCCUCAGCUGGCCCUGUUCGCCAUCGCCAUGCCGGUCCAGCCGCCCUCCAUCGUGGAGAUCAGAACCAAGAUGAUGCUGUUUCAGACCAAACACAAGCUGGACUUCACCCCGCUGGGCGCCUGCAGCAGGGGGAGGAUUAUUCUGGGAUAUUCAGAGGCUGAGCUGUGCAGUAAAGGCUCCGGCUACCAGUUCAUCCACGCUGCUGACAUGAUGUACUGCGCCGACAACCACAUCCGCAUGAUUAAAACAGGAGAAAGUGGUCUGACGGUGUUCCGGCUCCUCACUAAAUCUUCCGGCUGGAUUUGGGUCAAAUCCAACGCCAAGCUGAUCUGCAAAGGAGGCCGACCCGAGUUCAUCAUCGCCUACCAGCAGGCUCUGGUUAAAUCCGAGGGGGAGGAGUAUUUUCGUCAGCGGCGGCUCGAGCUCCCCUUCAGCCUCACCACCGGAGAGGGCGUCCUCUACAACACCAGCCCCACCAUGGACAUCGGUCAGGCCCAGUUCAACAAGAAGUUCAGCAGCGACAACAUGAAGAAGGUCGGAGAGCCUAAAUGCCUGCUGGACUGCUUCCUGAAACAAGAUGAAAACGUCUACAGCCUGGGGGUGGCGGAUCCUCUCUCUGUGGACCAUGUGUUCACGGACAGCCAGCCGCUGCUCAAAGUCACCAACGAAACCACCACAUCGGACCACACGGUGGUGAAGGAGAAGGCCCAGCAGUCGGUGAUGGCUGUGAUCGACAGCCUGGAGAAGAUGGCGCAACACGGGGACUUGGGCUCAGCUCUGCAGAACCUGGACAUGGGCGACGGCGAGCUGAUGGAGUGGGAGAACGCUCUGAAGAGGCUGGGUCAGGACGAGGAUCAGCAGAGCAACGUGAGGUCGGACCUGGACAGCAUCCUCACCGACGACAUCUUUGACUUCGUGGACAGCGUUUUGUUCAAAGAGAACAGCGAGGACCUCCUGAACCCUCCCAGCUGCCUGGCCGGACUCCCCCAGCAGCAGGAUCCCUUCAGUCAGUUCUCAGCCGGUGAGCUCCCUGAGCCGCCGCUGUUCCCCACGCCAAGCCCCGAACAGACUUUCCCUCCGAUGAACGGCGUCUAUGCUCGGCAGCAGAGCGCCGUCAACGGAGGAGGGAUCCCCGGGCCGAGCCUUCAGUCUGCUCAGGUAUUCGGCAACACCCAGACGCUGACCCACCGAGGUCCUCAGAUCCCUCAGAUCCCUCAGAACCCUCAGAACCCUCAGAUCCCCCAGAACCUUCAGAUCCCUCAGAACCCUCAGAUCCCCCAGAACCCUCAGAUCCCCCAGAACCCUCAGAUCCCCCAGAACCCUCAGAUCCCCCAGAACCCUCAGAUCCCUCAGAACCCUCCAACCGACAGCAACCUGCCGCCUCUUCAGCAGCUGCAGCUUCAGGACAUUUUCAGUCCGUCUAUCGAGCUCCCAGUGCUCACUGUCCCCAACAUCUCAGCCGAUGACGCCUUAGCAACAUUUCAGUCCUGCGGUCAGGCGUCGGUCCGUCACCCGGGCUUCCAUCAGGGGCUCAGCAGUGCGGUCCAGCAGGCCGACCAGCUCCUGCUGCAUCAGAACCGUCCUGCUGCGAUGCUGCAGAACUCAGUCCUACAACCCAACAGUGUAGCUCCCGCCCUCAUGGACACGCUGCCUCCCCUGAUUCCCUACAGUGGCUUUAGCUCCUCAAGCACGUCUGAUAUCCCCUUUUCCUCACCGUGUCUUCAGGGAAACCUCCCGUUUGGUCCGCCCAGCCGUCCUCUGCAGCAGUGGAACCAGAACCAGAAGGUGCCUCACGCCGGCAUCGUGCAGAACGGACACGAGGCGUUGCCAGCGUUCCAGAGCCAAAAUCCACAGAGCCAAACAAUCCCGCAUGCUGGUUUGUGGCCGCGGGGCGUCACUGGACUGAACCAGCAGGGGGCGCUGCCAGGAGGACAGGCGUCCAAUCACAGCAGCUGCAUGUUCAACCAGCAUUCUUCUUCCAGCCCACCAGGCAGCGACGUCCUUACUCCCUCCGGGGCUCCGGGCCUCAGGGGGACCGACGCCUCGCUGGACCAGAGUCCCGUCCAGGCCUCCUGCUACUACCAGUGGAACCACAGUGAGCGGGUGGUCGGGACGUCGGCCAUCAGCCAGGAGAACGCCAACAUUAAUCCUCUCGCUGCUCCGCCCAACAUGUCCGCCGCACAGUACGCUCGCAUGCAGCACUACCUGCAAAACAGCAGGCAGACACAGCAGACUAACGGCGGUGGGAUGUUCGUGGCUCCGCCUCACGACGUUUCCACCUAUCUGAUGGAGUAGACCUGCAGAAGGACGGACGGCUGAACUUAUCCACAGAUUGUUUCAUAUCCUGUUUCAUUUACGUUCUAUAUAUGUUCUAUAUAAAUAUAUAUAUAUAUAUCUGUAUACUGUCUGUUUAAAGCUUGUUGCUGUUGCUUUAGUGAAGAUACACUAUAAUAACAUGAAGUAUGAAGCCACAAGUGCGUUUACCAGGACUAGCUCUGAGUGGAGCCGGUCCAAGCAGCCAAAGAUGUUUUUUAUAAGGGAAACCAGAUUUAUCUCCAAGAUUUAAAACCUGAAAAGCAGAUUUUUUUUUAUUCUAGCUAAGUGGAAACGUUUUCUAAAAGAAUUUGUAAUCUUUGUACGAAAGCGUAGAGACUCACUGAAAGUGGGACCGCCGUGCCUUCAAUGAACUUAUUACUGGUAAAAUAAUCUGUGUUUUUAAUGAGACCCUCAAAGUGGUUGAUGUAAGUGUAUGGAUUUAAUUUGUACCUUUUUAUAUUUCUUAUAUCCGCUUCGGCUCACCGACGCCCCCAUCCUUUACAGAGCGUUUGCAGUGUAUUAAUGUGCUCUUAUGGAGAAUGUUUGCUGCUCAGAGAUGCAGAACGAAGUCUAGUCCCAGAGUUUCACAGCAGCAGCUAGAGAAGAAAGAAAAAGACAAGAUAAACUGAAGAAAUCUGGAAAAAUUAGAGGUCAAAAUAAACUGAAGAAAUCUGGAAAAAUUAAAGGUAAAAUUAAACUAAAGAAAUCUGGAAAAUUAAAGGUGAAAUUAAGCAGAAGAAAUGUGAAAAACAGCUGCAUGAGUGAGUUUCAUCAGCAGCACAGGACUGACCAGAAACACAAAGCUAGACUAGCUGCAGCUGGUAGCGAUUAGCUUCUGUUAGCAGGAAGCUAAAAUGUUCGCAGUUAGCUUCAAUUAGCAGGUGUUUGGAGGAAGCUAACUGUUUAGCAUUUAGCUUGGCAGGAAGCUUAACUGUCAGCAGGAAGUUAAACGGUUAGCAGGAAGCUAAACUGUUAGCAUUUAGCUUAAGUUAGCAGGAAGCCUAACUGUCAGCAGGAAGUUAACCCUUUAAGCGCCAAAGUCGCAAUAUUGCGACAAUCAACAUUGCUGAACGUAACAAGCCAUAGCUUCAAAUAUAGUGCCUCAUGUAGUUCCUACUUUACACCAGGAGAUGGCGGACAUCUGGAACUUCAAUCUGAGCAUCAGUUGUGGGCGUGUUUUAAUUCAAAGUUUAGGAGUUUAUAGAGUCUGAAAACCGAGGAGACGAGACUCGUCGUCGGAGCGUAUCAGAGCGCAAGACGGCACAUUUUAGAGUGAAAAAACUCACCGUACCGAGAGGUCUGGUCAACGCUGACAAAGUACUUUGUCAAGUAAUGGCUUACUCAUAUUCUGAAGAGGAAUAUUCACCCUCUGAUGAAGAUGUUCAGUCGUCCACUGAGACAGAAAGUGCCGCUGCGUCUGUGCGUAACGGCAGCGGGUCGGUGCGCCAUGACGGUCCACGAGCAGCACAUACUGGAGCCGAUGCUUUGCUUCACCGGGUCCGGGGUGGCAGGAGGGGACGUGGUGGGUGUAGCUGGAGUGGUCAGAACACCGCUAAUGGUGAGGGGGAUAGCGGGGAUGCAAAAAAACGCGGAAAUAGCAGCAGACACGGGAGAAAAUGCACUGAUAAUAACGGUGGAGGCUGCAUUGGCGUUCACGGCCCUGUCGUAAAUGACGAUGAUGAUGGCUGGGUUUGCUUGACAGAUGAGGAAGAGUUUCACAAGUGGGUCAGACAAAAAAAACAAACAAACAAAAAAAAAAAACAAGUGAGUCAGACAUUUUGAUGAGCCUGUUGGGUAUCAUGGAGACAGAGAUCUGACAAAUUCUGAGCCAAACAAUGCCAUCUUGAUGAUAAACAUCAAUAAAGUUAUGUAAUCCAUAUGUCCGCCGCCUGGUGAUGUCAUAAUAUGCAAAUUAGAUGAGUGAAUUUACUCCCAUCACAAACUGUGGGUCAUACUGAUGAUUUUUCUCAUUUACAGUUUGCCUUUAUCUCUAACCAUUUUCAAGUUACAACCUUUAGAAAAAAUGAUAUUAAAACUGAAUAUUUUAUUGAAAAAACUCUGGCGCCUAAAGGGUUAAACGUUAGGAGGAAGCUAAACUGUUAGCAUUUAGCAGGAAGCUAAACUGUUAGCAUUUAGCUUCAGAUAACAGGAAGCCAAAUUAGCCUUUUUUAAAGAGUUUUUAACUUUAAAUUUUGAAGCAGUUUCCUGUUAUUUUACAGAUUUUCUCAGUUUUAUUAAAUUACAGAUAAUAUGCAGUAAAAUCUAAAAAAAAAAAGAACAGUGAAAAUCUGUAAAAUGCCCAUAAAUUGUUUUUUAAAAUUGCAGUUAAAAUCUGUAAAAAGUUUAUUUCCUUCACAAGUUAUUGAUAAAAACCUGAAACACUUUUUUUUUUAACAAAUCUGUGACGUUUUAAUUUAAAAAACGUAAAGAUUUUAAGACGGAGAAUCUGCAGCUGCUCUUGUUCUUCAUCUAUUUUUAUUCCUAAUAAACUCUGAGCCGAACACAGUAUAUUAAUAUUAAUGAUAAUUAUAAUCGUCUUCGUUUCUUUCUGGCUGAAAAGCGUCUCAUUAUGAAUCUUUUGCUUUCUUGUAAAUAAAAAGCUGAACAUUAAAGAUGCUCCUUCAGGUUCAUUAAAAUCAUCCUAAACUGUGGAAACAAGGGAAAAGAUUGAGCCGGAUCUUCUGCUCCACCGUCUCCGAUUCACCUGAAACUUUACCAACUUAAACUCUGGAUGGUAAAAUGUUAGCUCUGAGAGUUUAGCUCCAGAAAACAAAAACGGUCUGACAUCAUUAAUCUGAAAUCUUCACUGUCGACAAACUUUAAGCAGAUUUGUUUUAAAUCUGAGUCCUUUUGAAGAACAAAAUCUCAAAAAUUAUUAAAGAUAAAAACCUGAAAUUGUCUCUGUUGUUUCUCAUCAUAACAAUAAAUUAAACUCUAAAAUAUUGGACAUGUGGUUUAAAUUAUCUCUGAUUAUUGGAGAGUGGAAAUAUGAAAAGAACAAACACAAAAAGUCACGAAAAGUUCCAUUUUUGAGCUCAAAUUAACAAUAUAUCUGAUAAUUAGAGGUUAACUGGUGAUAUUUUCCCAACCACAUGUAGCUAAAUGUCACAGUAACACAAAACUAAACAUAAUAAAUGCUUUUAAUAUGAAAUAUUUGGUCAUAAAAAUUAGUUUGAAAUGACAAAAAAUAGUGAAAAUUACUUAAAAUAUCGUGUAUAAUGAUGCAAAACUUGCCAAUGUGUCCAAAAUGACUGAAAGAUUUGCGGAAAAAAACAUUUAUGAGUUGUGUAAAAUGACAAAAAUGUUGAAAAUAACUUAUGUCCUAAAUUAGUUAAUAUUUGUCCAAAAUGACAAAUAAAAUUAAAUUAUUUGUAAUAUGUGAAAAAUGACUUAUUUUUUUGUAGAAAAUGAUCUAAAAGAAAUGUCUAAAAUGACAAAAACAUUAAAAAUCCCUUCGGAUACGUCUGUAGUGAUGUAGAAUUUGUCCAGAACAACUCAAAAUUUUUCUCGAAUAACGUAAAAUUUGUCCAAAAUUAUUCAAACAUGACGUAAAAUUUUGUGAAAGGCACAUUUUCAAACUGUCUAAAUUGGAAAAAAAAAAGAAAAUGACUUACAACAUGUCCAAAAUGAUGCAAAACUUGUCCAGGAUGGCUUAAAAUUUGUCUCAAAUUAGCUAAAACUUGUCCAAAAUGAUCCAAACAUGUCCAAAAUUCUGUGAAAUGUUGUGAAAAACUGUCUAAAUUGAAAAAAAAAUGUUGAAAAUGACUUAAAAUAUUGUCUAUAAUGAUGCAAAACUUGUCCUGAAUGCCUCAAAAUCUGUCCUCAAUUACUUAAAAUUGAUCCCAAGUGACUAAAAAUGUAUUUUUAUUUUAGUUUUAUGACAGAAUAUUUCAUAUUAAAACUUUUCCACGUGUUUUGUUGGUUUAAGCUCAAAGACGGAACUUUUCAUGUCAACUUUAACGGUUAUUUUUUUCAUAUUCCCUCUCCCCAAUAAUCAGAGAUAAUUUAAUCAAUAAUUUAGAGUUUAAUUUAUCAUCAUGAUGAGAAAAAACUGGGAAAAUUUCAGGUUUUCAUCUUUAAUUAUUGCUGAGAUUUUGUUGUUCAAACACUCAGAUUCCUCAAAGCUGCUAAAAGUUGGUUGCCGGGCGGAUUUAAAGGAUUUAUCUUGGGGAACAGUUUAUAAAUUGCAGUAAAAAUGAACAAAUAUGUCCAUAAAUAUCCAUGUGUUCUGUUAAAUCAGACUCGGUUGAGCAGAAAUGUGGUGAAAACGUUCAGUUUAAACGAUCCACACUACAGUCGAACCUGAACGGCGAUGAUUUGGCAGCUUUUUCCCACUGCAUUGUGGGAAAUCUCUCAGUAUUUGAACUUUCCUCCGGACUCUGUGGAAAGAACUUGUUGUUUUUCAGGGCUGUAGCCACUAAAUAAAACCCUGGAGCCAAACGUUGUCCUCUUCCUGUUGUAAUCCUUUGUUUAGCCUGUUCUGUCAACGCUUUGUUUUAUCCUCAAUAAACGUGUGCAAUCAUUA